CCGAUGAGACCCACCGCCCACGGCUGCCACCUCAACUGUCUCUCGCCCUAUUUCCACCUGCCUAACAAGUAAACCAGUUACCUAUUAAUUCACUCCUCUUUCCUUUCAUCUGUACCAAAUCCUUUCUCCAAUUCCUACCAAAAAUUUCCUUUCCCAAAUGGCUCGUCUUCUCUCUAAUAAUUCCCAAAUCCAAACCCUAACCCGAACUUUAACCCGACCCAAAUUCGCCCCACCUCUUCCCCUCACUCUCCGUCACCGUUCAAACUCCAACCGGUCCGGCGACGGCGAUGGUUCCGGCGAAGGCGAACCACCUCACCCUCAGUUAAUCGAGAUCGAUCUUGAUUCCUCCUCUAUCGGAUCGGAAGGCGGAAUAAGGAAGUUAGAAGAGGUGAUCCAUUCGGUUAUCGUGAGACGUUCCGCACCUGAUUGGCUCCCUUUUUUGCCUGGAUACUCUUACUGGGUCCCACCUCUUCCUAAUCAACCGUUUGUGAAAGUAGGAGGAGGUAUACAUGGUCAUAGAGGAGGAGGAGGAGGUGAUUUUGAUCCUCAUAGGAUUGUUGAGGUUGUCGGGAAGCUUGCUUCUGUGAGGAGUCAUUUUGGUUCGUCUUCGUUGUUGUUGUCGGAGGAUGAAACGGCGUGCGUGUCAAGGGUUCGUGGUUGGCCCUCUUCUUCCUUUUUUACUGGAGGAAGUGCACCCACAUUCCCAGUCCCAGUGCAGGUGGUCGAAGUGGAGGUAAAGCUUGAGGACAACUCAGAUUAUGACUCUAAAUCAGAGGAUGAAGGCUAAAUGACCUGUCAUCCAUAGAGUGAGCUGUCAUAGCUUAGUAACCUUGUAAAUUCUUUGAAAACCUGGAAAACAUAAGAAGCUGCUUACCUAAGAAAUGGCAUGCAAAAGUUACACGGAUCGGAGUUUGGGGUCGAAGCUCUUUCAUCCGCCCCCGCCCCGCCCUCUUGUUCGAUGUAAUGACUCAGUGCUCAGCCUAGCUAGAAAAUAUCUUGUAUUUAUGGUGUUUGAACUGUAUGAUCUGGAAAAAUAAUCAGCCUAUUAAGUUUAAUGCUGUUUGCUUUUGGUCUAAUGUGUGUUGCAAGGCUUUUAACCA